UCCAAAUGCAUGGUGUUGAUAGGUUGUAAUGUGAUUUGGGUUGGAGGGCAUAGCGGUUAACAGGAUCCAAACACAAACAUCAUUUCCAUCCGCAUGUUGGUCACCGAAGUCUAAAGCUAAGCAAACGAAACAACUCAGUGUUGAAAAAUGGCGCUGUCGUGUCUCACUCUCACCGUAAACCCAUCUUCAGUGAUCUGGAAAUGCAAAGCGUCCCUUCCCACCGCACCACACGCGCUCGAUGCUACCUACAUCCGACGCGCCGCCCACCUCGCCGACAAAUCCGCCGGCUUCACUUCCCCCCACCCCAAUUUUGGCUGCGUCAUCCUCUCACCCGCGGGCCACGUCGCCGGCGAGGGCUACCUCUACGCUCAGGGUACCGCAGCCGCGGAGGUCCAGGCCAUCGACGCCGCCGGUGAACGCUGCCGAGGCGCCACGGCAUACCUGAACAUGGAGCCCGGCGACUGCCACGGCGACCACAGUGCCGUGUCUGCUCUGUUCCAGGGAGGGGUCAAAAGAGUUGUGAUUGGAAUGAGGCAUCCCCUGCAACAUCUCCGUGGCAAUGCUGUGCGUGCACUCAGAAAUCAAGGACUGCAUGUUGAUGUUCUUGGAGAGGAUCUCACUGGUAAUCUCGUUGAGGAUGCACAGAAAGAGUGUCUUCUUGUCAAUGCACCUUUGAUUUGUAGAGCUGCUUCGCGUGUUCCCUUUUCUGUUCUCAAGUAUGCCAUGACCCUUGAUGGAAAAAUUGCAGCUAGCAGUGGCCAUGCGUCAUGGAUAAGCAGCAAGCAGUCUAGAAAUCUGGUGUUUGAGCUACGGGGUAGAAGUGAUGCUGUUAUUGUGGGAGGAAAUACCGUUCGAAGGGACAAUCCAAGACUAACAGCCAGACAUGGAGGAGGGCAUAUGCCAAUGCGCAUUGUGAUGAGCCAGACUCUUGAUCUUCCAGAGGAAGCAAACCUGUGGGACAUGUCUGAGGUUUCUACCAUAGUUGUAACACAAAGGGGUGCAAGGAGGAGUUUCCAGAAGCUGCUUGCAUCUAAAGGAGUUGAGGUUGUGGAGUUUGACAUAUUAACUCCCCGAGAAGUUAUGGAGUAUUUCCAUGAUCGUGGUUAUCUUUCAAUUUUAUGGGAAUGUGGAGGAACAUUGGCUGCUUCGGCUAUUUCAUCUGGAGUAAUUCACAAGGUUUAUGCUUUUGUUGCUCCUAAAAUUAUUGGUGGAAAGAAUGCUCCAUCUCCUGUGGGAGAUCUUGGGAUGGUUGAGAUGACACAGGCUUUAAAUCUAAUUGAUGUUUGCUACGAGCAGGUUGGACCCGACAUGCUUAUUAGUGGAUUUCUUCAGCCCUUACCAGACGUGAUACCGGUAAUCCCGUCACGUGAUGAAACUUUUGUUGUUGAUCCUACUGUCUCACCAUAUGAGUCAAGUAUCAUAUUUUUCUACAAAACAUGGGAUCUUUACGGUGCAUUGUCAAAUUUCUCUCCUCAUCCCAUUCAAAUACGUGAUGAAAACGGUGACUCUGUGACUUGGUUGAGUGUUGAGCAUUACUACCAGGCUCACAAGUUUGUUGGGGUGGAUGAUCCUAUAGCUCAAGAUUGUGUUGAAAGGAUUAAAUCUGCAAAAAGUCCAGAAGAAGCUGCAAGAAUUGGACGGUCAAUGCAAAAGCAGAAACCUGAUCUGAUAAGAUCUGACUGGGAGAACAUAAAGAUCGAUGUCAUGUACGAGGCACUGAAGUGCAAGUUCUCAACCUACCCUCAUUUGAAAACAUUGCUGCUAUCCACUGCUGGUUCUGUUCUAGUUGAGGCUUCACCACAUGAUCUGUUCUGGGGUGGAGGGCGAGAUGGAGAAGGCUUAAAUUAUCUUGGCAGAUUGUUGAUGAAAUUGAGAUCAGAGUUUCUUGGGGAGUCUUCAUCAUCAAGUGAGACCUCUAGUUUAACUGUAUAGUAUUUUCAAAGAGAAGAGUAACACUAUUUGAUAUAUAACUACAAAACUGUUUGUCGUGUCACACCUUGUUAGUUUAUUGAUCAAGCCUUCUGUUUUUCUUAAGAGGGACUUUCAUCCAAGUCUUCAACAAUGUCAUAUGUUGUUUUUUUUCUCUUUUUCUGGCGUUUUCCAUUUUGACUUGUCUCCUUAAUUACACUUUUCUUACUAAUC